CUCGUGUGUUGGUUUGGAUUUGAGUGCCUGCUGAUUUUGUAAUGAACGAGGGGUGUUGCUGUCGUUAAUUAUCGGUAUUAUUAUUUGGAACAGAAACGUGUGUGUAUAUAUUAGUUUUCAAGAGGUUCUGCCUUUCUCUAUUGUCUUCAAGACGGUACGUUAUGGGUGAGCCUUCAGCGUCGUCGUUCGCAUCACUGAAGGAAGAAGUCACAUAUUGGAAAGAAGUGGCUGCCAAACAUCAACAGAGUGCUCAAGACGCACAGGACGAGCUGCAGGAGUUCCAGCAGAUGAGCCGAGAUUACGAGACGGAGCUCGAGACUGAGCUAAAACAGUGCGAAGCCCGCAACAGGGAACUGCAAUCCAACAAUGAACGCCUGCGCUCUGAACUUGACACCAUCAAGGAAAAGUUUGAGGUUCAGCAUUCGGAUUCAUUUCGGCAAAUGUCGAGGUUGGAGGAUGAGCUUGCAGAGACCACAGCUGUACGGGACCACCUGCAGAAGUACAUAAGAGAGCUGGAGCAGUCUAAUGACGACUUGGAGCGAGCCAAGAGGGCCACGAUCAUGUCUUUGGAGGACUUUGAGCUGCGGAUGAACCAUGUGAUCGAGAGGAACGCCUUCCUGGAGAGCGAGCUGGACGAGAAGGAGAAUCUGCUCGAGUCGGUACAGAGGCUAAAAGACGAAGCCAGAGAUCUAAAGCAGGAGCUGGCCGUGAAGCAGAAGCCUCCCCUGAGUGUCUCCAAGGGAGACGCAGACAAGUCGGAGGCGCCAUCGUCACAACUUCCUGGCCGUCCCUUCAUCCCGAGCACACCAGCCAACCCCUUGAGCUCUUUCUGCACUCCCUCAACAGCCUAUAGAGGUGUAUCCAUGACGGGCACGCCUCUCACCACAUCGGCUCGUAUCUCUGCCCUCAACAUUGUUGGAGAGCUGCUCAGGAAAGUGGGGAACCUAGAAUCCAAGCUGGCUUCCUGUCGAGACUUUGUGUUUGACACGUCGACCGGCAGACCAGCGCUCCCUCCCGGCACCGCCUCUCCCGCCACGCUCAGAGACCACCACGACGUCAACUCCCCCAGCCAAACUCAGCACUCAGGUUUGGUGAAGCGUCUGGAGUUUGGGCCAGCGCCAGCACACACCGCUCCAUCGCCUGUGCAGUCUCCGCAGGCAGGGGUGAAGAUGCUCCUGUAGGAGCUACUAUUACCACACUACCUCACAUACUUAUCAAACAUCCCUGUGGGGCUCUUUUUUAUUUGUUUGUUUGUUGUUUUUUUGUGUUUGUUUUAGGCUGCAGGUUAUUCUAUGUAGUUCCUCCCGUCCUUGCCUCCAGCCGUGUGAAAAGUUUCAAUUUUUAUACCUAAUUUUAAUAUCAACGACAGAAACAUUAUUCAUAAGUUGUUCACUCAUUUGCAACUGCGAUGAGGGGCUAAGUACCAGAAAAGCUACAUUUCGCGACUUCAUGCAAGGAGGCACAAGGCCAGAGUAAAGGACGGGAUGUACUACAAUGAUUUCCAGUCUAAAUGUCUCUGUGUUUUCCUCCUGCGUACCUCAUAACAUUACUUCCUUUCGAAGUAUUUCAAAACCUGCUCGCUUGCUGCUUGCUUUUUUAUGACUGUCUACGAAAUUGUAGAGUAACCAGCAUCCAGCUAUCCAUCCCUUCUUUUUACCAAGUUUUUUUUCGAGUUUGUUGUGUGUUCGUCUGUUCGCGGUGCGUGUUUGUUACUGUCCACCAGAGAGCGGAGGUGCGCUCUCUGAGUGCUUUUCUCGUUCUUUUCAUGUUAGCCAUGUUGUGUUAAGUAAGUGUUGGUGAGAAAUAAACUUAGCCGCCCUCAUGGAACCAAACUGAAAAAAUACUCUUACAACUGCUAAACCCUUCAUACGUACAUGCUAAAACCAGCUUUGUAUCUUUUUUUGUAGUCUUUGUCUUGAAAGAGAAGUUCUUCCUAUGGAAAAGCAAUAUUCUCCCGUUUGUCCUUAUUCAUCAUUUUCACCUCAUUUGACCCGUCUUUGGGUGUCUGUGUGGGCCAAUAGCUCUCUCUGUUUCCCAAAUGGGGACAAGAGGCUUGUCAGGGAGUCUGUAUCAACAUCACUCCUUCAUAGUGGGUGGAUUCCAAUAUGCGGACUCCUGUCCUCCCUCGCUCACUUGCCUACUUGUGACCUCAUGAUGACGUCACAGACGACUAGGGCUGGGUAUCGCAGCCAUGUUCCUGUAUCGAUUCGAUUUCUAUUCUUAGGGCUUUGAAUCGAUAAAUCACGAUUCGAUUCAUUCCGAAUCGAUUCAAUCCGUUCCCUUCUUGGUGCCAGGAUUUCCCCCAAAAGAUGCUGUUGCCUAUUUUUAUAUAAUAAUGGCUUGACAGUGUUAACAGAUUGCUACUUUGUAAUAAGUAGGCCUAGGCCUAAUUGACUAAUAUCUACUGUGUAUUUUCCAUAGACCUAAAAUUAAACAAAAAGAAGAAGAACCAAAAAAAUCGAUUUUGUGCCCUGUGAAUCGAUGAUGUGAAUUUCGAUUCGAUUCGAUCGAUUAUCAAUUAACUCGAUUAUUUUACCCAGCCCUACAGACGACAGAAAAUUAAUUCAAUAUCUUGCAAAAGCGCACUUCUAAUGUCAUUUUCAUAUUUGCAAUUGGGAUGGUGAAUGAAGAACAGUCCCCCAAAAGUUGUUGUGGCUAGGUUGACGGUGGGGAAACUUAAUCGUUUACUCCAUGGAGGCGGGGCGUCAGCAAAACGCGAGGCCACAAGCAAAAAGGGAGGACGGAAGUCCGCAUAUUGGAAUGCACCUACAGUCCUGAGUCAUUGUUGCCUGGAGACUCGACGCCAUUGAGGUCAGAAAGUUAGAAAACAAAGGACAAAAGAGGGAGAUGGUGUAUGUGGAAGCAUAUUCCAAUUGACCUGGUUUUACCAGGACGCCGUGAUGAGCAGCCUGCAUUCAUAAGCUUACCAUCCAGUGCCACAUGCUUGAGAGACCCCUGAAUUAGGGCAAUCACCUGGCUGAAUUGGACAGGUAAGCCCAGGUCGUCUAGCACUAUAGCUGUAUGUCUAUGACUGUAGCGUCUGAAUCCAGGCUGCCCAUUGCUGCGUAGAAGCAGGUCUACACGUGGUGCUUGAUUCCUCCACCUUCCCUUGAUUUGUUCUUUGUGAAGGGCGACACCAAGUCAGCAGGAAACGGCUAGAGCAAUGAUAUUGAUACGGACUCUGGAGUCUUUAGCUGUUAGCCUUUUAGCCACUGCUGCCUUUGACUGAGAUAUCUUGACGUCUGUUCAGUACAAUAGGACGCUUUCGCUGUGAGCCACGCGCAACCCAGCUUUCCAUCAGCGCAGUGGCGGAACUACUGCACACAGCAGGGCCCCAGGGCUAAACACUGACCGGGCCCCCCAUAUGGCCUGCAAAGGUCAUAAUGGGGCCCCCACCACCAAUACGAGAGGGCUCGGGGCAAAUGCCCUCCUUGCCCCUCCCUGUUGCUCUGCCCCUGCAUAGUGAAGUCACUGAGCGUGAUGGCCGUCUGCGUUUCUGUGGUCUGCGUUUCGUUAGUAGCUGCUGUUGUAGACGGCUAUAUUUGCACUGCGACAUGAGACGUCACUUCGCUAUAGUGCUGUUUUUUAUAACGCGGCUGUUAGUUGCCCCGAGGUCUUACAGCAGGAUCUAGGUCAGAUUGUACGCUUUACAUAACUUUUUUUAUUGACGUUAAGAAAGCCUUUCAUCUACUUUGUCACAUGAUUUACACAGCCUUUUACUUCAAACUUUGUUUAAGAGUAUAGGCAAUUAAGAUUCAAUUGGUUGGACGACACAUUAGAGCUAUUUUGGCUGUCAAAUCUGGUCUUGCCACACUGCUUGGCUCCUCCAUAUCUAGUUUUAAACCUACAGUAGUGACGUACUAAAGGAGCAAUAACACAUGUGGUGGUUAUAUUCCUUCACUGUAUGUACUAAUAUAAACAUUUAAUCUGUAUGUCUUGAAUUGAUAUAUAUACAGGAGCUGCUGUAUUUUUUGCCACAUAAAAGGCAAUAGUAGAAAAUGCCAUUGCAGCCCAAAUAUGUCUUCUGAAGCUGGUGAUUGUUAACCGUUUUUAAAUGUGGUCAACUUGUUUGCCAGGUUAUAGAUUUAUAAUGUAGUAUUACACACUUAUGACAUUCACUGACAUAUCAGCUAGGUGUGUGUGUACAUCUCAAAGAAAAUGUCAUUUUGAGGAGGUACGGCAAAAAGAGUGGUGGUUCUACUGACUUGGAGGCCCUAGUGAGAUAUGGAUAUGGGGCCCCUCUUGAAUUAGUUUUGCUUGUAUUCACCACGGCAGGGCUGACUGUUGAGGGCCCUUACAGAGGGCAUGUUUUAGUGGGGCCUUGGGCAAUUGCCCAGUCUGCCUAUUGGUGAACCGGCUCUGGCAGAAAUAUGCACUACUUAGAGAAUUGUACGGGGCCCUUAAAAUGACAUGUGAGAGUAAAAAAAAACAAGGGUUUCUCGUGCCCACCAGAAACUACAGUUUUAGGUGUGCAUGCACAAGUUUCUGGUGGCCACGACAAAGUUUCUGGUGCGCACAAGAAACACUUGUGGGUUUUUUUACUCUCACAUGUCAUUUUAAGGGCUCGGUAGUAUUGAAAUAGCCUGUGUGUACAGUAUUAUAGAAAGAUUAGGCUUAAAGGUCAAGAUUGUGGUAUUAUUGGAGUAUGACAGUUUUUUUUUUAAUGAAAUUAUUCGUCAUCCACAACAUUGGAAGGUUUAAUUUUUUUUACACUUUCUCUGAACCAAGGUUGUAAAUGGUCAAACACGAAUGUUAUAAAGAGAGGUUUUUCAUCGGAUUUGCAUUCUUUUCCAGACUGUUCACAUGUUUUUGAGUGGCAUUUAAAGAGAUAUUAGUUCUGUUAGUUAUUGUCUGUUCUAGUCUAGUCUUAAGUUCAGUCAAAAACGACGACAUUACUUUGCUCCAUAGUGGUUUACCCUUUAUUUUGUUUAUUGCGCUGUCAUUUUACAGUGCAUUUUUUUUUUGUAACAAACAGCACAAGAAACCAGAGCGAUGGUUACAGGCCCAUAAUUUGCUGCCCAGCAUUGAAUUAUUUAUUGAGUAAAUACAUUUUUUUCUGUAUUGAUCAACUCUGAUGAUUUUGGAGUAAUGGGGUGAAAAAGUCACUGUGAGAUAUGAGAUGAGAGCAAUAUAUGCAACAGAAUAAGAGUGUGAUGUUGCAGUUGUUUUUGAUACUGUGCUUCUUUGUGUGGAGAAAUAGCAAUAAACAGAUAAUUAAA